ACAUUCUCCCUCAAAACUCAAAACCUAACGAAAUCUCACAUCUUUCAAUCUCACAAUAACAAUGGCAGGAUUGGUGGAUAAGGCGAAGGAAUUCGUGGCGGAGAAGAUCGCCAACAUGGAGAAGCCGGAAGCCGCCGUCAAAAACGUCGAUCUGAAAGGCGUCAGCACCGAGUGCAUCACCUACAAAGCCGACGUCAAUGUUUCGAAUCCGUACAGCACUCCCAUUCCUAUAUGCGAGAUCUCCUACACCUUCAAAAGCGCCGGCAGGGUCAUAGCUGAAGGAACGAUUCCAGACCCUGGCUCGUUAAAGGCAAAAGGCGACACGAUGCUAGAUGUGGGGGUUAAGGUGCCGCAUAGCGUGUUAGUGAGCCUAGUGAAGGACAUUGGUGCGGAUUGGGACAUAGACUAUGAACUCAAUAUUAUUCUCACUGUUGAUCUCCCGGUCGUUGGUAACCUCAACAUUCCGGUGAAUAGUGUAGGUGAGAUUAAACUCCCUACACUAUCCAGUUUAUUCGGAUCGAAAACCGAAUGAGAAGACCCGUGUGGAUUGUGUGGUCAUAUUAUAUGAUAAUACUUGUAUAGGACUAUACGUAUACAUUUGUUUUUAAUACUUUGUAGUGUAUACAUAUGUAUACUUGAAUUUUAAGGGAUGAUAUAUAACGAUAAUAAUCCUCUUCUA